CUUCGAGAUACCACUCUAUUCGAGGAGUCCUUCUCUAUGGAUGUGUUCGGCGAAUACGUGUUUUGGUCUAAUUAUGAGAAGAAUACGGUGUUUAAGACUCAUAGAUCCGGCGCUAACGGCACCGAGAGGUUGGCAUUGGUUACGGCGAGCACUGAUAUAGAGGGUGUCCGGGUGUUGGACCAGUCCAGACAACCGGCCGGUGCCAACCGGUGCGAGAAUACCAACUGUUCUCAACUCUGUUUGCCCGCCGGCCGAGACUACCGGUGCGUUUGUUCAAAGGAUUCUGUCGGCGAUUGUAUAGAAAAUACACCAAUCCAUUUGAUAAAUCCGAGCCCAUAUCACAGCCCAGCCAUCGAUACUGACAACCAUUUUAUGCAGAAUUUGUCACUAAAAUUGGAUUCAUUGCUGAAGAGUACGGAUCAGAUGACAGGUGGUGGUAGUGGUGGCGGUUCGCCCACCCAUUGGGUGAUCAUUACGUUGAUAUCCAUAUCGUUUAAUCUGAUAUUCAUAUUGUUUUUCAUUGUUGUUAUUUAUAAUAAGAAAAAGCCUAUAUUUGAUGGCAUAAUAUCGUUCAGGAAUAAUGGGGAGAGAAUUAUGCUUGAUGAAAGUUCCCUGAAUGGUGAUUUAUAAUAAACCUUUGUUGUUACUCAAUAUAUUUUAUCUCA